AUCCGCGCUCGGGUCGCGCUCGGCCAUUUCUCGCAGAGUUUCUCACGGCGCCAUGUUGGGCCAAAGCGUCCGGAGGUUUACAACCUCUGUGAUCCGUCGGGCCCACUAUGAGCACGGCCCGGGGAAGACUCUGCCAUUUUCAGUGGAAAACAAGUGGCGGUUACUGGCCAUGAUGACUGUAUUCUUUGGAUCUGGGUUUGCUGCGCCAUUUUUUAUAGUGAGGCACCAACUGCUUAAGAAGUAAGGGUGUCGUAAUUUACCAUUUAACAGAUAAGAAUGUUUGAAGAGGCACAGACCCUGGAAAGUGAAUUAAACUCUCCAACUCAGAAUACUAGAUAUGUUUGUAAAUAAACUCCUGACAUGAA